CGUAGCUAUACAACAAUGGCUUAUCGUCGUGAACGUUCUCCGACAUCAGCUGUCGCCGUCUGUAUAGCGCUGCUUGUAGUGCUGAUGUCGAGCGACGUAUGCAAAUCGCAGCCCAUUAGGAAGCCGCCAGUCAUAACUUACGUAGCCGGACCCAAUCAGCUGACCUUGCUGUUCCCCAGCAGCGCAUUCCGAUUUGGAUACGAUACGAACAACCAAUUCCGAGCUGAGAGACGCUUCGCUAAUGGCACAGUGGCCGGCUAUUACGGCUACAUGAGGGCCGAUGGCAAUCCGGUGCGAGUCAAAUACGGAGACGUGGACAACCUCGGCUUUUCAGCUAUCGAAGAAAUUAUUCCAGUCACGUUCCCGCCGACCACGACCGAAGCCAACACGGAGGAAGGCAGCGGUUCGUUACCGACCGAAUCGCCCGCUGGCGGCCCGUCCGCUGAACCGUUCCUCAUUAGCGACACGGCAGACAAGCUGGAAACGUUUUUAGUUUUGCCUAAAUUGCCCGUCGUUGAUGAUGAAAAGGAAUCCGUUUCGGUGGAUGCAGCCGAUUUUUUCAGAUCCGGAGGAUUCACGCUGUCCGUAGGAGAGGAAUUCAAUCACGUGAACAGCGCCCGUUUCGUUUUCCCUAAGAUCGACGUGCCCGAUCUUCCGCCAAGUCGCAAGAGUCGAUCGAUUCCGCGUCCCAUCCGCCCGUCUCCGGAAAUGGUAGCCGAGGAUCGCAGCAGUGUCGUCAUCGAACAGCUCCCUGGCGAGCCGGCCAUCAUUUACAAAGAACCCGCUCGUUUCAAACAAACGGCCAGCAUUCGAUACACGUUGAAUUAAUUAUUUGCUUUAAUUAUGUUACAUUCU